AUGGCAGUUUCUACAGCCUGCGAGAGCCCAAUGGAAGUCCCUAGUCUGGCUGUAGGAGACAUGACCCAUGGCAGAUUCACCAUCAGUGCCCACUUUGGCCAGGAGGAGGACACAAAGGACAUCUACUGCCUGCCUGAACCCACCAGCGACAGCAUGAGUGUCAGCAGCCUGACCCAGAACAACACCUACCUGAGAACCUUUGGCUACAACACCCUUGAUGCAGUGCCCAAUUACCAGCAUUAUGCCAACACGCCGAUGCCAGGCAAGGAGAAGAGGGCCAGACCCAGUCUGGUAGAUCUCCACUGCUACAUGAUGGAAAUGGGACAACAUCCAUCCCCCGUGAAUGAGAUUAGACCCGAUGAUGAACUUGGCAAAGAAAGGCUGGGUUGUGCAUAUAAACUUGUAGAAGAACCUGUCCGUUUUGGCUGGAUAAAAGGUGUUAUGAUCCGAUGUAUGUUAAAUAUCUGGGGUGUUAUCUUGUAUUUGCGAUUGUUAUGGAUUACAGCACAAGCUGGAAUAGCUUUAACAUGGUUAAUCAUCAUUAUGUCCAUAAUUGUAACCAGCAUUACAGGUCUGUCCAUAUCAGCAAUAUUUACAAAUGGCAAAGUCAAAUCAGGUGGUACAUAUUUUCUUAUCUCGAGGAGCCUUGGCCCAGAACUUGGAGGCUCCAUUGGUCUCAUCUUUGCUUUUGCAAACGCGAUGGCAGUUUCCAUGCACGUUGUUGGCUUCGCUGAGACUGUGAAAGAUCUCCUUGUUGAGUACAAUGCAACAAUUGUGGACCCCAAAAAUGAUAUACGGAUUAUUGGAGUCAUAACAGUGACAGUGCUACUUGGGAUUUCACUGGCUGGAAUGGAAUGGGAAGCAAAGGCACAGGUUGGCUUCUUCUUUGUGAUCAUGAUUUCCUUUGCAAACUACAUUGUGGGGACGUUUAUCCCAGGAUCGCAAGAAAAACAGGCCAAAGUUUUCAGCUAUAGAGCUGAUAUAUUUGCCCAGAACCUUUUGCCUUGCUGGUGAAGUGACUCGUCCUUCUUUGGCAUGUUUUCCAUUUUCUUUCCCUCUGCAACUGGCAUCCUGGCAGGUGCAAACAUCUCUGGCGACCUGAAGGACCCUGCUGUAGCCAUUCCAAAGGGAACUCUGUCAGCCAUUUUUUGGACAGCCUUUUCCUACCUUGUAAUUUCUGCUACCAUUGGACCUUGUGUUGUAUGUGAUGCCUCUGGUAGUCUCAAUGACACCAUUCUUGUCGGUUCAACGGAUUGUGAGGGCAUUGCCUGUGGUUAUGGAUGGAAUUUCACUGAAUGCACUCAGGCUGGUACAUGUACUUAUGGACUCAUUAACUGCUACCAGCCUAUGAGCCUAGUGUCUGGAUUUGCCCCUUUGAUUACAGCUGGAAUCUUUGGAGCUACGCUUUCCUCUGCACUUGCCUGCCUUGUGUCUGCCCCCAAAGUCUUCCAGCAUCUGUGCCAGGACAAUCUGUAUCCUGGUAUUGGUUUCUUUGCGAAGGGUUACGGGAAGAACAACGAGCCCAUUUACAGUUACCUCCUCACUUAUGCCAUUGCUAUUGGUUUCAUUCUCCAUAGGUAAGUAACUCCAAAUAUCUUGGAACUGAAUAUGAUUGUUUCAAUCAUCUCCAACUUCUUCCUGUGCUCAUAUGCACUCAUCAAUUUUAGCUGCUUCCAUGCUUCACUUACCAAUUCUCCAGGUUGGCGACUUUCAUUCAGAUAUUACAACAAGUGGUCCUCCCUGUUUUUUGCAGUAGUUUCCGUGGUUAUCAUGUUUUUACUGAUGUGGUGGACAGCCCUCAUAGCUAUUGGUAUUGUUGCCUUCCUCCUGGCAUAUGCCUUGUACAAAAAGCCUGCUGUAAAUUGGGGGUCAUCUGUUCAAGCUGGUUCCUAUAAUAUGGCCUUGUCCUAUUCUGUGGGACUUAAUGAAGUGGAAGAUCACAUUAAAAAUUACAGUGACUCUUUUGACUUGAAUUAUGGCAUAUGUGUGAUGAGAAUGAAGCAGGGCUUCGAUAUUUUGAGAAUGAUGCAAGCACACGUGGACUCCAGUACAGUCGUUGUUGCUCAGCAGACCAGUACCAUUUUCCAGUUGGAGCAAGGCAAAAAGACCAUUGACGUCUAUCGGCUCUUUGACGGAGGCCUUACUCUCUCAAUCCCAUAUUUCACUCGCAAGAGGUGGCGCAGUUGCAAGGUUCGUGUAUUUGUGGGAGGUCAGAUUAAUCGUAUGGAUAAGGAGAGGAAGGAGAUGAUUACUCUCUUAAACAAAUUCCGCCUUGGUUUCCAUGAGGUACAUAUCCUGCCAGAUAUCAACACGAGCCCACGUCCUGAACACUUAGAGAUUGAAGAUCUGAUUGCUCCCUACAGACUGAAUGAUGGCUUCAAGGAUGAAGCUAUUGUUAAGGAGCUCAGGAAAGAUUGUUCUUGGAAGAUCUUAGAUGAAGAGAUUAAGAAGAACCAGACAAAAUCACUCAGACAAGUGCAACUGAACGAGAUCUUGUUGGAUUGCUUCCGUGAUGCUGCGCUUGUAGUUGUUACAAUGCCUGUCGCAAGAAAGGAUACAUGCUCGAGCACACUGUACCUGGCAUGGCUGGAGACCCUUUCUCAGGACCUGCAUCCUCCUGUCCUCCUAAUCCGAGGAAACCAGGAAAACGUCUUGACGUUCUACUGUCAGUAACACUGGUUCAAGGACUGAUCAUGCGUUCACAUUAACACAUAUUUGGACUAAGUAUUUGCACCAACAAUUAACACAGCAAAAUCAUGAGCAUUUAGGAAAUUUAUCUGUAAAGCUGUAUCAAGUCUUGUACGUCUGUAAGUUUUUAGGACUUGAAAGCACAAAAUGGGUGACUUGGAAUUAAAAGAGCAGCGUGAAAAGUUAUUGUGAAAGAAGAACAUGGUUUCAUAAAUUGGAGAGUUUCCUCAAGUGUAAAACCUUACCUGAUGUGACUAGUGACCAAGGACAUAACCCAUUGUCCUUUUCAUUCUGGUUGACCACAUCUUCCUCCUGAACAACUCUCCAUUGUCAUCGAGCUGGGUAGGUCUCCUUUGAUCUUAUUCUAUCCUUACCUAUCUGUCAAUGUCUUUUCAUCCCCAGUCAUUCCUUCUCAUUCUCCCCAAAGAUCUAUUCUUGGCUCCCACCUGUUUCCCAUCCACGUGCAAUCUCUCUGUGACAUUGUCCAAGACUAUAGUGUUAACUUCCACAUACGUCGGCACCCAGCUCCACCACCACUCCCCCUACCACCUCUGUUGAUUCUACUUCUGUUGCUAAAUUAUCAAACUGCUAAUCUGACAUCCAGUAUUGGCUAAGCAGAAAUUUUCUUCAAUGAAAUAUUGGCAAGUACGAAGCUGCUGUUUUCGAUUCCCACUCCGUACUCCAUUUCCUAGCUACCAAUUCCAAACCUAUCUCUAGAAAUGUCUGAGAUGAGCUCUGUCUGCUCAUGCCCUUUGCAUCAUAUUUGAGUUAAAGUUGAAUUUUUGACCUCAUAUUCAUGCCAUUACGAAGACUGCUUAUUGACAUCUAUGUGAUAUCAUUAGACUUUGCCCCUGUUCCGCCUACUUGCUGCUGAGCCCAUGACCUUUGCCUUUGUUACCUCAAGACUUGCCUAUUCCAAUACACUCCUGGAUGAAGUCCCAUAUUCUACACCUCAUAAGCUCAAGGUCAUCCAUCUGAUGUCAGUGUCUUAACUUGCAGCGAGUACCUUUCACUAUCACCCCUGUGGUCUCUGACAUACCUAAUUCUCAAUUUUGUUUCCAAAUUCCUCUAUGACUUUGUUAAUCCCCAUCUCCUGCUGCUGUGCAACACUAAUGUCUGUACUAAUUUAGUUCUGAUUUCCUGAGAAUCUCCAUCAAUGUCGUGCCCUGGCUUGCUUAAAUUCUGAGCAGUGGCAUUCUGUCCUUACACUUCAUCUCUACCUUACUCCCUAGCUAUAAAACCAAGCCCAACCUUUUGUUCCCCUGACUUAAUAUAACCUUAUAUUGCUUGGUUUCAUUCUUGUUUGAUAAUGCUCCUGUGAAGUGCCUUGGGAUGUUUUAAUAUGUUAAAGAUGCUACAUAAAUCUAAGUUGUUGUAAUACAUAUCUUCUCACCGAAGAAAUAAUUUUAAUGCAGAAAGGAAAGGCCAACCUAUCAAUAUUCAUCGUCUAUAUUAUGUAAUGCACCAUGCAACUAAAACAGUCACAUUGUUCACAUCAAAGCCCAUUGUAAAACAUUGGAUAUUUUGAAUAUAUUAUGCUGUCAAGAAUGUUUAUCAUCAGUCACAGUGAAAGAAACAAGAAAAAGCAGUUGCCAGAGGAAUCGCUUCAGCAUCACCUCCCUACAAUCAGUCAGUUCUGCCAAGUAUUUUAAUGGUAUCAUUAUUUUUAAACCAAGGUUGAGGAUAUUGCCUGUUAAUAACCUAUCCAUCUAAUAAGUGCUAAUACUGUCCUGUGGAACUCUGGCUUCUCCAAAUCUCUCUGGCUCCAAUUGUUUAAACAAUUUCUAUGAUAACAACAGUCCUCCGUGACAUGUCAUGUUGUCAAGUGUGGUGCAGCAGGAGCGAUUGGGUUCAGUUACAUGCAGUGAUUUCCUAUACUGUCAGUUCCUAAGCUUGUCAAAAGGCACAAUUUGUAACAGGAAGACAGAAUUAAAGCAGAUAGUUCUUGAAAGAGGAUUCCUAGAACUGAGAUUUGUCAGCAGUUCACUGGUUUUGUGAUCUACAUAAAUAUUUUGGAGGAAAACAUAGCUGGUCUAAUUAGUAAGUUUGUGGACAGUACAAAGA